CCCCGCGACGCCCGUGUCCCUCGCGCAGGCGGGCGGCCCCGGAGACAUAGUGCCCGCAAAGGCGGUGACGGCGGUGCGCCCACUCAUCAUGUCCUGCUGUUGAAGAUUCUGAAGGACCUACUGGGAGGAAGAAAAGCCAGCGUUCCCCUUCCGGGAAAGCAUCCACCAUUCAAGGGUGUUUUAAGUUAGGCUUGGGGAUUCCUGAACUGAAAACUGGUCCCCCUCUGGGAGAACUAAGCCAAAGAAAGACUAGGGUUUGGUGCUUGUGGGCUGGCUUCGAGGAGCCUGGACUGACAUCCCCUCCUCCCUUCUUACACAGAAUACAAGCUUUACCCGAAAAAGCCACACAUUCCUGCCUAAGAUCUUCUUCAGAAAAAUGUCAUCCUCGGGAGCUAAGGACAAGCCAGAGCUGCAGUUCCCUUUCCUUCAAGAUGAGGACACCGUGGCUACUCUGCAUGAGUGCAAGACGCUGUUCAUCCUGCGUGGCCUGCCCGGCAGCGGCAAGUCCACUCUGGCUCGGCUCAUCGUGGAGAAGUACCAUAAUGGCACCAAGAUGGUGUCUGCUGAUACUUACAAGAUCAUUCCUGGCUCUCGGGCAGAAUUCUCCGAGGAGUACAAGCGUCUGGACGAGGACCUGGCUGGCUACUGCCGCCGGGACGUCAGGGUUCUUGUGCUUGAUGACACCAACCAUGAGCGGGAGCGGCUGGAUCAGCUUUUUGAAAUGGCAGACCAGUACCAGUACCAGGUGAUGCUGGUGGAACCCAAGACAGCGUGGCGACUAGACUGUGCCCAGCUCAAGGAGAAGAGCCAAUGGCAGCUGUCGGUCGAUGACCUGAAGAAGCUGAAGCCCGGGCUGGAGAAGGACUUUCUGCCACUCUACUUUGGCUGGUUCCUGACCAAAAAGAGUUCCGAGACCCUCCGAAAAGCUGGCCAGAUCUUUCUGGAGGAGCUGGGGAAUCACAAGGCCUUCAAGAAAGAGCUUCGACACUUUAUUUCUGGGGAUGAACCCAAGGAGAAGCUUGAACUGGUCAGCUACUUUGGAAAGAGACCUCCAGGCGUGCUGCACUGUACAACCAAAUUCUGUGACUAUGGGAAGGCCGCCGGGGCAGAAGAAUACGCCCAGCAGGAUGUGGUGAAGAGAUCUUAUGGCAAGGCCUUCAAACUGUCCAUCUCUGCUCUCUUUGUGACACCCAAGACAGCCGGGGCCCAGGUGGUGCUGAAUGAACAGGAGCUGCUGCUGUGGCCAAGCGAUCUGGACAAGCCAUCUUCCUCCGAGGGCCUGCCCCCGGGGAGCCGGGCUCACGUAACCCUAGGCUGUGCGGCUGAUGUGCAGCCAGUGCAGACAGGCCUUGACCUCUUAGAGAUUUUACAGCAGGUGAAGGGGGGCAGCCAAGGUGAGGAGGUGGGUGAGCUCUCCCGGGGCAAGCUCCAUUCCUUGGGCAAAGGGCGCUGGAUGCUGAGCUUGACUAAGAAGAUGGAGGUCAAGGCUAUCUUCACGGGGUACUAUGGGAAGGGCAAACCUGUGCCCAUACAUGGCAGCCGGAAGGGGGGUGCCAUGCAGAUCUGCACCAUCAUCUGAGGGUUCACACCACUGGACCACUGCUGUGGACACAGCAACAUACCUUCCACUUGAUUUUUAAGAUUUUUUUUUUUUUAUUCAAAGCUAACCUACCUAUAACUUUUUAGGAGUCUAUAAAACAACCACCAGUUCCUUGUGCCCACCCUCUUCCCCCCUAACACUCAGUUCUCAACACAGGCGGGUGGGCAGAGGAAGACACCAUUCAGGAACCUGGACCAGAGGUGGUAAUAAAAGGGCUGGGUCAUUGGGCCUGGAGCCGCAUCUACCCAGAUGCAUCCAGGAACUUGUUAACCCUACCUUAGCCCCUGGCCAUCCAGAGCUGGGCACACACACACCUCAGAGCUGCCACACAUCAUGCUAGGGACAAAUGCUACUGCCACAGGAAAACAGCGGUAGCUUUGAGAGGGGUUGGACCCCAGGUGCCAGUCUUAAUCACUGUAGCCCCUAGGAAGGCUUGGGCUAUUUACUGGGCUGUAAAAGGGGUUUACCUCUCACCUUUGGUCAUUCCUAAGUCCCCGUCUUCUUCACACUGUAACUAGGUUAAUGGUGUGAUUACUAGGGGAGAAAAUGGAAUUACCAGAAGCCACAUCUCUCUGGUUUCGGUCUGGCCAUCUAUAGCAGCGUGUCUCUGCUGUGUGGACGGAGGCUAAGGUCAGAGAUUCUCCGAGAAGUUCCAGCUUUGCUUUCUGCCCAGCCCAUCUUGCCUCCAUGGUGUCUCUGGGCCUCCUCUAAAGGAGGGGCUGGGUACCAAGAGCCAAUGGAGGGGACCCUGAGCUGGCAAGAGUAAGCCCCAUCUCCUCUCGUGCUGUGGUUCCUGGAGUAGGUACCUCACUCUGCCUUCUGCUCAGUAACGGGACCUUGCUAAUUGGGUUGUCACCCAAGAAUCUGGGAUUUAUGCUCCUACCCUCAUCCUGUGUUGCCCGCCUCAGCAACAACUAAGACUGACACUGAAAUAAAGCAUGUUAAUCGCA